GUUUCAAAAAGGAAAAGUUAAAAAAUGGCACUCCUCGCCGACCUCCGUCUGCUACUCCCGUCAAAUCGCUGUUCUCAUCCUUCUCGGUGUUAAUUAGGUCAGAGAUUGUUAUCUAAACUAGGGUUUAUCUGAAGUUAAGGUUUAAUCGAUUGAAACCAAUUUGCUUCAUAUCCAUCUCGAUCGUUUCAAGAAACUAGGGAUUCCUUUCAGUGAUUAUAAAAUACUACGGUAUUGCAAUUGUGGGGUUUGUGACGUUGCUGCCGUUCUCUGCAGCUGCUGUGAAUCAGGCUGCUCGAUAACACAAUCAUGUCUCAAGCAAGAUUGAAGACAUCCCAAACCAUGAAAUUUGUCGAUUAUGUCUAUAAGGUAUGCAGUGGUUCGCGAAGUUGUUCAUUCAAUUCCGUCAAAAUUCUUUCUUUUAGCACGCUCAAUUCUGCGGCCACCGAUGAGAGCUUCGAUUUCCAAAACCCAAAUGGGUAUUCGCCAAAAAGCUCAAGUGAAUAUGGUGACAAUUGGUCUUUUAGAGAAAGUAAUCGCAAAUUUAAAGAAAACCUUACUGGGAUUUAUAGAGAAAACUCCACGGGUGUCCAAAGGAAUCCCAGUUUGGUUUACGGGCAGAGCUAUAAUCCGGGUAGUCUUAGAAAUGAAUUUCAGUCAAAUCCAGAUGGAAACAGUGUUAAUUACAAUAAAAAUUACGAGGAUAAUAUCUUGCAACACGGUUCGAAUCGGUUAUAUGAAGAAAGUAGAAAUAUGCAGAGUUCAAGGAUGAAUAACGGAAUGUAUCAAGAAAGUCAAGGUAACUAUAACAAUGGUGAAAAUGGCGUAUUUGGUCAAAGCCCGUAUAAUACCAACAGUCAAAACACCAGAAACUUUGUGCCGAUUGCGAGUGAGGGUUCUGGUCAACGUUUUGAUGAGAAAAGUGUUCGGAUCAACGGAUUUUAUAUUGGGAAUGCUUCAAGUAAUCAACAGAACUCUAGUAACUUAUGGAACAAUAGUAGCAGAAUGGAUCAUCAAAUCCAAAACGAGAAAUCGGAUGAAUCUAGUGAGGAUGGUCGAUUAAAUGGCACGAUUGACGAGUUCGAUUUUUUCUGUAAGGAGAAGAAACUAAAGGAAGCCGUGGAGGUUUUGGGUUUACUCGAGCAGCGUAACAUUUCAGUCGAUAUAUCUCGAUAUCUGUUCUUGAUGAAUGAAUGUGGAGAGGCUCAGGCGCUUGAAGAAGCGAAAUACGUCUACGAGCACCUUUCAAGAUCCAUAUCACAUCUUGACGUUCGCAUUUGCAACAAAAUCAUGGAAAUGUACGCGAAAUGUGGUUCCAUGGAAGACGCCUAUACUGUCUUUAACAAAAUGGGCCAACGGAAUCUCACUUCUUGGGACACCAUGAUCACGUGGCUCGCUAAAAACGGCCAUGGUGAAGACGCAAUUGAAAUGUUCACAGAAUUCAAGAAAAUCGGACUCAAACCCGAUAACCAGAUGUUCUUCGGCGUCUUCACUGCUUGUAGUGUCGUGGGCGACAUGAAAGAGGGUAUGUUACACUUCGAGUCAAUGAUCAAGAAUUACAACAUCGAGCCAUCCACGGACCAUUAUUCGAGCGUAGUCGAUAUGCUCGGAAGUGCAGGGUAUUUAACCGAAGCCUUAGAAUUCAUCGAUAAAAUGCCAAUCGAGCCAGGUGUCGGAAUCUGGGAGAUUAUGAUGAACCAUUCUCGGGUUCAUGGCGAUACCGAACUCGGAGACCGUUGCGCUGAGCUUGUUGAACUUCUCGACCCCACUCGUUUAGACGAACAAUCAAAAGCAGGUUUAAUACCAAUAAAGUCUUCAGAUAUUGCAAAAGAAAAAGAAAAAAAGCGGUUUAAUCCCCUCGAGAUCAAAACCAAGGUUUACGAGUAUCGUGCCGGCGAUACUUCACACCCGGAGCACGAAAAGUUAUACAGUCAGCUUCGGUGUUUAAAACAACCGAUGAAAGAGGUCGGGUACGUUCCCGAGACUAAAUUCGUCCUCCAUGAUAUCGAUCAAGAAAGCAAGGAGGAAGCUCUUUUAUCACAUAGCGAAAGACUUGCAUUAUCUCAAGCACUUAUGACCAGUCCGGCCCGUUCACCGAUUCGGAUCAUAAAGAACCUUCGGGUUUGCGGCGAUUGCCAUAACGCUCUCAAGAUUAUUUCGAAAUUGGUCGGAAGAUUGAUUGUUGCUCGCGACGCUAAGCGGUUUCAUCAUUUCGAAAAUGGGGUAUGCUCUUGUGGGGAUUAUUGGUGAGUUUUUGUUGUUUUAAACAUCAAUAUGGUUUUUUGGGUAAUGGGAAGUUAUUUAUGUGUAUCUUGUUGAAUCAAGAAUCUUGUGACAUUUUCUUGAUAUAUACAACUUAGGCUUUAUUUUUCAUAUACAGUAUUUUGUGUACAUCUUAUUUUCA